AUGAAAUUGACGAGCAUCAUUCUAUUACUACUAAACACAGCUCUAUUAGUCAAAUGUCUACCAAUUACAUCUUCCAUAAUCACAGCAGCAAGCUCCACAACGACAUUCACAACAUCCGCUGUCAGUCAUACCAGCAUAAUAGCCAAUCAGGUGGACGAAUCACCAAACAAUACCACCACAAUAGAACAAGAUCCAAAUACAUGCCCAAAAACAGAUUUCCUGAUACCCGUAGAGAGAUUCGCCCAGCUUGUAUCAACACACUGGCAAUUUGACCAUUUGGAUUCUAUCAAAUCUGGAACAUACAAGACGAUAUCUGAGCAAUUUCAAAAGCAUAUAUCUGUUUCCAUCCAGCAAAAGAAGGGCAAACCAGCCGAACAGCAGCAAGCAAUGAAUAGCAAUAGACAAAAGACAUUUAGAAUCAUCUCUUCUUGGGAAAUGAUGGACCUGGAGAUAUUACAUGCGCAGAUUUUUGGAGCAAUUCAGGCACAUACUGAAGGCAGUUUGCAUCUUGCAUGGGAUCGUCUAGCAGAUAAAUUAGGCCAGCCUGCAUUCGAGGCUUAUAUCCGAUCUACAGCUUUAAGAUAUUGCGGUAAGCAAGAUAUGCUGCUCAGCUCAACAUGCUUAAAGCAGUCGGCAGCACAAUUAUCAUUUGCAUUGGACGGCUAUAUCCAGCAGAAUCUGAUCCAAGUGUUCAAUGCGUUGGAUAGCGAUAUCUUGCCUCAACUGCUGGCCAACACAUCCAAAGAUUUGACAGACGUCUUGGCGUAUUUCAAUCGGUUGUUUUCGCUUGGUGAUAAUCAGCAGCUCGAACUUGAGGUUACUCCAUGGACACAGCAGACGGAUUCGUUAAAAUCAAAACUACUUCCAUUAUUAGACAAAUCUAUCUUGAAUGAUGGCCAUUUGUUUGAUUUCUUUUCAGACUAUGCUUGUCUAUCAAGAGCAUAG